AUGGUUCUCCGCUGCUAUGAAGGUGUUUCCGGUCAGAUGGUCAACCGGGACAAAUCUACUAUCUCUUUUAGUAGUGGUGUGUUGGAGGAAACAAAGUUACUGCUAGCAGGCCAUCUGGGCGUCCAGUGCCAAGGUCAGAGAGGAGUGUAUUUGGGAAUUCCAAGCACGGUUGGAAGAUCGAAAACGGAGAUUUUUCAGAUGCUUUUGGAUCGCACCAGAAAGAAAUCUAAAGAUUGGAAACGUCGAUCUCUUUCGGGGGCGGGGAAGAUGGUGCUCAUCAAGUCGGUCUUACAGUCUAUUCCGACGUACUUAAUGAGUUGUUUUGCUAUUCCGAAACAGGUUUGUCAUAAACUAAACAGUGUGGCUGCGAAUUUCUUUUGGGGACAGAAGAUGGACGAACGACGUAUUCACUGGAAAUGCUGGAAACGGUUAUGUAGGGCUACAAAUGUUGGUGGUCUUGGCUUUAGGGAUCUUAACCGCUUCAAUCAAGCUUUGCUGGCAAAACAGGUUUGGCGUUUGGCUCAAAAUGAUACUUCUCUCUUGGCACGUUCUCUCAAAGCAAGAUAUUACCCUCGCUCUGAUAUCUUCCUUGCUAGUAAAGCCCAUAAUCCAUCUUUUGCUUGGACUAGCUUACUAGUAGGAAGAAAGUUAUUGGAAGAAGGUAUGGCAUGGCGUUUGGGUGAUGGUGCUAGAAUCCGUAUGGGGCUGGACAAGGAAAUUAUUGCAAAGCGCCGGUUCCAAGUGGUUGUGAAAAUGCUCGGCCUUCCUCUUUAUUAA